AUGGACUCCAAGUUCGAUCCAUACUCCCAGAACCUCACGUUCCAUGCGGCUGACGGGACCCCGUUCCAAGUACCCGUGAUGACGUUGAAUGACUUCUACCAGUAUUGUAUCCAGAUCUGCAUCAACUAUGGGGCUCAGUUCGGUGCUUCAGUCAUUAUUUUCAUUAUUCUUUUGCUUCUGACUAGGCCCGACAAGCGUGCUUCUUCAGUCUUUUUCCUCAACGGCGGUGCUUUGCUGCUAAACAUGGGCCGCCUCCUCUGCCACAUGAUCUACUUCACAACCGAUUUUGUGAAAGCAUACCAAUACUUCUCUAGUGAUUAUUCUAGGGCACCCACUUCCGCGUACGCCAACUCUAUUCUCGGGGUUGUUCUUACAACUCUUCUCCUGGUCUGCAUUGAGACAUCGCUUGUGCUCCAGGUCCAGGUCGUCUGUGCCAAUCUCAGACGCCGGUAUCGAACCGUUCUCCUUUGCGUGUCGAUCUUGGUUGCCCUUAUUCCUGUCGGGCUCCGUCUAGGAUACAUGGUUGAAAACUGCAAGACAAUUGUCCAAACUGAUACCCCACUGUCACUUGUCUGGCUUGAAAGCGCUACAAAUAUCGUCAUCACCAUUAGUAUCUGCUUCUUCUGCAGUAUCUUCAUUAUCAAGCUCGGAUUUGCUAUCCAUCAGCGAAGGAGACUCGGGGUGAGGGACUUCGGGCCGAUGAAAGUGAUUUUUGUCAUGGGUUGCCAGACCUUGACCGUUCCAGCGCUGCUUUCGAUUCUUCAAUAUGCGGUCUCGGUCCCCGAGCUUAAUUCGAACAUUAUGACCCUGGUCACUAUCUCUCUCCCGCUAUCCUCCAUCUGGGCUGGUGUUUCCCUUACUCGAUCAUCCUCCACCGAGAAUUCUCCGUCCCGUGGAGCCUUGUGGAAUCGCCUCACCGACUCAACCGGCACGAGGAGCAAUCAAACAUCAUCCACGGACACCGCCGUCGCCAUGACCUAUCCAAGUAACAAGUCAAGCACGGUGUGCUAUGCGGAUCAGAGCUCUGUCAAAAGACAGUAUGAUCCAGAGCAGGGGCACGGCAUCUCUGUGGAGCACGAUGUGUCGGUUCAUAGUUGCCAGAGGCUUUAG